GAAACUUUGCCGACCAUAUCUUUGGCAUGACACCGCAAGCAGGCGAUGCAGCGGGUCCUUCCACUCAUAGUUUGGGUCGGCGCAGGCUCCGCCGGCUGGUCCAGAAUUUUUGGUUUGACUGCUUCAUCAUGGCCAUGAUCCUCGUCCAUACCCUGUCCAUAGGUGCUCAAAUCAACCAUUUGGCUGCAACAGAGCGAACUGAUGGAGGGAGAUUCUGGCGGUCGGUUGACUUCUUCUUCUGCGUCUUGUUUGCCAGUGAGGUCGCUCUGAAGCUGUAUGUUUACCGGAUCCGUUUCUUCACCAUGCACGCGUGUGCGUGGAACAUUAUAGACCUCGUUCUCGCAAUCCUGCAGAUCAUCGAGGAAGUGUUGGCGAUUGCUGCAGACAGGCUGGAUCCCUCCUACCAAAACACGAGCGUCAUGCGUGCUGUCCGUAUGAUGCGUGGUGUGAAGGUUCUGCGAUUGGUGCGGGCUGUCCGAUAUGCGAGGGACCUUCAGCUCAUCGUCAGCUGCCUGAUCUUGUCCUUGCGCACCUUUCUGUGGAGCGUCCUCCUGUUGGUGAUGACAAUUUACGUCAUGGCAAUUUACGUUACUCAAGCUUGCAAUCUUCGGCGCUUUGAGAAUCCAGAUGCGGAUGGCAACGACUUACUGAAGCAGUGGUGGGGUGACAUCUUCACUAGCAUGCUCUCCGUGUUCCAAGCUCUCAGCGGAGGAGUUGAUUGGAAUGAUGUUUUGCAGCCCAUCUUGCAGCAUGUAUCACCUGCCCUGGCAGUGUUCUUCGUGGUGUACCUGGCAUUCUGUUACUUGGCACUGUUGAACGUCAUCACGGGUACAUUCGUGGAGACAGUUGGGCGCCAGGCAAGUGACCUGAAAAUCCGCACGCAGAUCCUGCAGGCGCGGAGGCUUUUUCAGCAGAUUGAUGUGGACCACUCGGGCUUCAUUUCGCUGUCAGAGAUUCAGAACCAGACAGCCACUGAAGCUGUCUUGGAUUUCUUUGAGUCGGUUGACGUCGACCCGUCCGAAGCACAGUACCUCCUUGAGGUCUUGGACAUGGACGGGUCGGGCACUAUUAACUUCGAGGAGUUUUUGCGAGGGACCUUGAGGAUGGAUGUGCCCCCUGAUUCAUGCUCUGUAUCGAGAUCCAACACACGGAGCAUUGGGAUCUUGCAGCCCAAGGCUGAAUGGCUCUGCGCGCGCGGCGGAUUUGCUCCUGGUUGCGAGAGAGAUGAAAAGGUUCUUCGUGCACACAACCUCCGAAAUUGA